ACAGUGGAACGCGUGACACGUCGGUGAUCUGCUAUUGUUGCAAACGACCCGUUAAGACGAUGCCAGACGACCUUCAGACUUGCAACCCCAUAGUGUGCUCGCCAAGGAGGCUCGCGAAGAAGAUCGAGAGCUGCAUCUUGAGAAACGCCUUGGAGGAGGAGCAAAGGGCUCAGAAAGCACUGUACCUGCUGCAAGCAAGGGAUCGCAGGAUUGCUUUGCUGGAGAAACGAGUGGCUGAGCUCGAGGAUGCCGCAGCGAAUCUGCAUGAGAUCACUCUUCGAAAUUCCUCUGCAUCCUCGAUCCUGGAACGAAAGGACAGGAUCGUUCCUGAUUUCUCUCGAGGCGAGAAAUCGUUUAAAAUGGACAACCGUGACGGAAAGAGCGACACCACGGUGAAUAGCGAAAUGUCGAUUCCGUGCUUGGAAUUGUCGAAAUCUUCUGUGUCGGAUUCCGAAAGGGAUAUCUUUUCCACGGCGAUCGAUUUCGUGCUGGAGAAUAGAAAGUGUUUCACCUCUAACACUUCCUUUUCCAACGAAGAAGUUACCUCGGAGAAGGUGACUGGACGGGAGAAAUUUCCAGACGAAAAUCUAGACCGUAAAAGCAUGGCAGAGGUCAGAGCUAAAUAUUCGGAGAAGAAGAAGAUGGAUCGAAAGGAAAUUGUGACGUUAAAGGAGGUUAUGCGUGGAAAGGAAAACACGAAGGGACACGGUUUGACUUUAAUGGGGAAGAGCGAAGAAAAAUUUCGAGAUGUGUUGAGUGACAAGAAACAAGAAUUAAAUUGCCCGAGGAUAUCUUCCAGUGUCCCGUGGAUUCCAACGAAGAAUAGUUUUCGCAAGAAGCUUCGUGGCUUUGAGGUUAGGAACGGGAAGAAGAUGGAGCUGGUGCUGCUCCCUGGCGAUGGCGACUCAACAUUUGCGACAUUUCGUUACCUGUCAUACCUCUACAAAUUAAAACCCAGGAUAACCUAUUUGCUCGCUGAACCAACGAGUCCAAGAGAUGAAGAUGAACCUAACCUAAAGAUGUCAAAAUCCAGUUACCUGUCAUACAAAUUAAAUCCCAGGAUAACCUAUUUGCUCGCUGAACCAACGAGUCCAAGAGAUGAAGAUGAACCUAACCUAAAUCUAACCUUAAAUCUAACCCUAACCCUAACUCUGCUCUGA